AUGGCAACAGCGGAGACAUCAUCAUUCACUGGUGCAACACCACCCCCACUGUCGGCAUUGACGGAAGCUGCAACCUUUCGUUGGUGUGAUCAGCCUUCGGUCAUUGACGUGGACAAAGUUCUAUGCUUCCCAGAAAGGGAACAAAGGCAUAGGAAGCACAACUAUCUGAACAUGGUUGUGAUUAUUCUGUUUCUUCUCUUCAUCUCUGAAUUCUCUACAACAACAGGACAACUAGGGAAUUCAAGCAUUACCCUGGGCUCUUCUCUCUCCCCCACUGGCCCCUCGAAUUGGUCUUCACAUUCUGGUCAGUUUGCCUUUGGAUUCUACCAAAAAGGCAAAGGCUACGCUGUUGGCAUCUGGUUUAACAGAAUUUCACGAAGAACAGUCAUAUGGACUGCAAAUCGGGAUGCUGCACCACUCUCCCGAGAUGUUCAACUGAUUUUCACAAGUGACGGCAAGCUCAUCUUGCAACAGAAUCAAGGGGAAAGCAUAUCCAUUGUUGACAGAGAUCUUCCGCCUGCUUCCUCAGCUUCCAUGCUCGAUGAUGGCAAUUUUGUCCUAAAAAAUUCAAGCUCCAGUGUCAUAUGGCAGAGUUUUGAUACUCCAACAGACACCAUUUUACCAGGGCAGCCUCUUUUGGCGGGGCAAAAGCUGGUCUCAAGCGUUUCUGAGACUAAUCACUCGGCUGGAAAAUUUCAACUCAUUAUGCAGAGCGAUGGGAACUUGGUUCAAUACCCGAUAGAUGUUGCAAAACCAGAAACUGCUUACUGGAAUACUUCCACAUUCACUGCUGGAGCGACUGUGAGUCUAAAUCUUGAUGUCAAUGGCAAACUCUACCUGCGGAAUGGAACUGGCUUUAAUAUCAUGAAUCUGUAUGAAGGGAGUCCUUUCUCUACAGGUAUCUACCGUUUGACCAUAGAUGCAGAUGGUAUAUUGCGGUUGUAUUCUAGCAGUUCGGAUCAGAAUGGUGAUUGGACAGUGGAGUGGUCACCAACCACAAAUAGGUGCGUCCCAAGAGGCUUGUGUGGUCUGAAUGGGUACUGUCUUCUUACAAAUCAGAACCCUCAAUGUGUAUGUCUUCCUGGUUUCUAUCUCACGAAGCCGGGUCAGAAUAACUCCGAUUGCGAGAGGAAUGUCAGCAUGAGCAAGAAUGGAGAUAUAGAGUAUAAUAUCAUUGCGUUGGAAGAUAUUACAUGGGAAGACGACCCCUAUUCUGUUCUCUCCAUGACGAGACAGGCUUGCAUAGAGAACUGCUUGAGUGACGGUAACUGCGAAGCCGCACUGUACAAAAACCAGCAGUGCAGAAAACAAACGCUUCCAUUAAGAUUUGGGAGUCAAGAAGGCGGAGUCACAACCUUAUUCAAAGUAGGUAAUUUUAGUUCGGUAGGCAAAGAAAGCAGGAAGGAGCUGCGAAUAAUUGUCAUCCUAAGCACAAGCAUUUCAUUUUUCCUAGCAAUCUCCGGUGUUGUUAUUUACAGGUACGCAUUCAAAAGGGUCUCGAAUCAGGGAAAUGAUAGAUGGGCGGAAGAUGUCGCUCUACGACCAUUCACGUACCAUGAGCUUGAAAAAGCAACAAAUGGGUUCAGGGAUGAAGUGGGGAAAGGAGCUUUUGGAACAGUCUUCAAAGGGGCCAUAUCAAAUGGCAAGACAGUCGCCAUCAAGAGACUCGAGAAGAUGAUGGCAGAAGGCGAAUGGGAAUUCCAAAAUGAGAUGAAAUCAAUUGGGAGAACCCAUCACAAGAAUCUAGUUCGACUGCUGGGCUACUGCCAUGACGGAAGUAAUAGGCUUCUUGUCUACGAAUACAUGACAAAUGGAUCACUUGCAGAUUUCCUCUUCAAGUCCGAAAGAAAGCCAAUAUGGGAGGAAAGAAUUGAAAUAGCCCUGAGUGUAGCCAGAGGCAUCCUCUAUCUGCACGAGGAGUGUGAAACCCAGAUCAUCCACUGCGACAUAAAACCCGAAAACAUUCUAAUGGACGAGAAAGGGUGCGCAAAAAUUGCAGAUUUUGGGUUGGCAAAGCUGCUGAUGCCCAACCAGACCAGGACCUACACAGGAAUAAGAGGAACAAGGGGCUAUGUUGCACCAGAAUGGCACAGGAACUUGCCUAUAACGGUAAAAGCAGAUGUCUACAGCUUCGGGAUCAUGUUGAUGGAAAUCAUUUGCUGUCGAAGGAGCUUAGACAUGGAUGUUUCGGAGAAUGAAGUAGUACUUGUAGACUAUGUGUACGACUGCUUCGAGGCAAGAGAGCUGGACAAGCUGGUGCGCGAUGAAGAGGUGGAUGGGAUGAAACUUCAACGGAUGGUGAAGGUGGGGCUUUGGUGCAUUCAGGACGAGCCAUCGGUUCGCCCUCUGAUGAAGAAGGUGGUGCUUAUGAUGGAAGGGACAGUAGACAUACCAGCUCCUCCUAGAGCUUCCUUUGCUAGUUCCAUGUCUAGAGAGGCUCAUAACUAA